AUGGAUGAAAAUUAUACAACAUCAUAUGAAACACCGGCGUUUUUGGAGACCUCUACAACUUUGGAAACCAGCAUGGUUCCAAUAACCCUCGACUCCACCACUAUGGAAUCGAUGAGCCCUGAGUCAACGCUGGCGACUACAACUUCUGAUGUUAUGAGCUCCACACUCGCUAGCACCACUACGCAAAUCGCAACAACAACAACAGUUGCGACGACACUUGCGACGUUUUCCACGCAAGCAGCGACGACGACGACGCAACUUGCGACAGCCACAACUGCGAUUUUCAACGCGACGACACAAAUCGCUACAACCGCGAUGUCUAAUUAUUCGGAGACGACUGGGAUUUUUACCUCGAGUACCGCUACUUCGCAACUACCUACAACUACUGAAUGCUAUAAUGAUCCGAUGUUUAUUAUUUUUACUUAUACGGUGGGCUUUUGGGGAUUUUCGGGCUCUGAUAAAUCCAGAUUUUUAGGCCCAAAAAAGCCUGGUUCUCAGCUUGAAAUUCAGGAUUUUUUGAGUCCAAAUAAGCCUAGUUCUUGAACCAGAAAUCUAGGCUUGUUUGAUCUCAAAAAAAUAAGAAUUUUCAGCUCAAAAACUGCAAUUUCAGCUCUGAAAUCUAGGCUUAUUUAGACUCUAAAAACCCAAAAUUUCAGCCCAAAAAAAAUCAAUAAUCAUUUUGCAGGUCGACGACAUGCUUUUGGCAGCAAGUAUGGCAGCUACAGUAUUCAAUGUGAUGGUCAUUUUUUGUGCCAUCAAAUUGUUCAAAAGAUCCGGCGACACUAUGCAUCUUUUUAUUCUGAAUAUGACUGUUGGCGAUUUGGUUUUGACUAGUAAGUAAGGCUUUCAGGCCGGAAAAUUUCGAACAUUUUGAGUCUAAACAAGCCUAGGUUUUGGCCCAGGCUUUUUUAGGCUCAAAAUGAUCCAAAUUUUAGGCCCAAAACGCUCCAAAAAAAAUCAAUAAUUUUCCAGUUUUCUGUCAUCCAAACGAACUCCUCAUUCGAAAACACGAUUUCCUCCAACAACAACAUCUUUGUGCAGUUGUUCAUUAUUUCAAUUGGAUCGGUUUAGCCGUCUCUGGACUUAGCCUAACUCUUCUGAACGUGGAUAAAUUGAUAUAUUUUCGUUGGCCGCUGAACUACGAUCGAUCAAUGUCAAAACGUCGUGCUGCUUUUUUCUGCCUAGCUAUUUGGACUGUUUCGAUCGGGUGGGUAGAAAGGCAUACAGUACUCCUGAAAUUAUUGAUUUUUUUUUUGUAGAUUUGUCUCCUAUUGCUGGAUGUUUGAUAUUGUUUAUAUUUUUCCACAAGAUUGCUCAUUGCAGGUAAUUUUUUCUUUGAAUUUCAGACCUAGUUUUUGGCCUCAAAAAAUCCAAAUUUUCUGGAUAUAAUUCAGCUAAAUGCUACGAAUUUUGUGUUAACAAUUGAUGAUUAUAUUGUGGAGAAGGUAACAAAAAAAUUCACGAUGUUUUUUUUUAAAUCACAAAGUUUUUUGCAUGUUUUUUUCUGGCUAAAAAUUCUGGAUAUUCAAGAAAUUCUGAGCACAAAACCUAGAUUUUCAGACUGAAACUAUUGAAUUUCUGGAGUUUUGAAGCUUAAAAUAUCUCCUCACAGCUCAGCAUACCCCACACAUUUUCCCAAACACCUUCAUUUACCUCCACACCCAAAAAAUUGUUCCAGAUGACUCCGACCAAAAAAUUCUACUACGAAAUCUUCACCAUUCUCUUCUGCGUUCUCCCCGUCACCUCCUCCCUCAUCGUCUCAAUCUACCUAUUUAACCUAACUCGAAAAAAACGCAACACUGGAAAUCCGGGAGAUUCGUCGGCUUUCAAGAAUAAGGUCAAGAGUUUGGCGUUUAUUUUUGCCACCACAACUUGGACUUCUUGCUCAUUGUUACCGUAUCGAAUUGUGAAUUUGGCACGGAUUCAUCUUUUUACGUGGUCUAGUUUGACUUGUGAGGGAAAACAGAAUAUGAAUUGGGUGGCGUGGAUUUUGGUGUAUUUGUUGACUCUGAAUCCGGUAAGUUGGGAAGCCUUUUAUGGCCCGCUAAGGUUUCUGAAGCCUUCUGAAGCCCUUUAAAGCCCCCUGAAGCUCCCUGAAGCCUUUUUACGCCUCAAGAAGCUCUCUAAAGCCCCUUAACCUCAACAAUAAAAAUUUUCCAGAUCGUGAACCCUCUAAUAACCUCCCUGAUCUACGCUCCAUAUCGAUUAACCAUAAAAAAAUUCCUAGUCAACAUCCCAGUCGGAAAUCGUCCAUUAUACUCUUACCAACCCGAUGGUCUUCAAUCAGACAGCAGUUUCGUAUCAGUUCGACGAACUCGAAAUCGUCGAAGUUCUUGCACUGAACUUGCCAGCUUGAGACAAUCCACUGAAGUUCGAAUCUCGAUGAGCGAACCGCCACAAACUCCGAGCAUUUUGAAAAAUGAAGAGGGUUUUAAUUUUGAUGUCGAGAAAAAGGUUUCGACCAAAGUGUGA